AUGGAGAAGACGGAGCCGCUCGGCGGGGGCGAAGACGUCGCGCUCAUGGCCAGUCCCCAAGUCUCCGCGUACGGGCCUGUGACGCACAGCACCGCGUCCUCCACCACGCAUUCCGAAGUCGACGACCCCGAGACGGCGUCGCUGCUGUCGCAACCGCUGCUAAGCUCCAGCCCCAGCUCCAGCUCCACCAAGUCCGCCAGCAUGAAGAAGAUCGGAAAGCAGGGCGCCAUCGUGCUGCUCUGCUGCAUCAACCUGCUCAACUACAUCGACCGCGGCAUCAUCCCGGGCGCCCCCGAGAAGUUCAACCAGUUCAUCACGGACACGCUGGGCGUGAGCGUGCUCAACCAGUCGCUGUACUUCGGCCUGCUCACGUCGGCCUUCAUCGCCAGUUACUCCAUCUUUUCCAUGAUCUUCGGCUACUACGCGCUCACGCACCGGCCCUUCCGCAUCAUCGCGCUGGGCAUGACCGUCUGGGUCGUGGCCGUCGUCAUCUGCGGCGCCGCGCAGGCCACCGAGAGCUACUACGUGCUGAUCAUCGGUCGGCUGGUCAGCGGUGUGGGCGAGGCCUCGUUCCAGUGCACGGCCACGCCCUUCAUCAACCGCUUUGCGCCCCCGGAGAAGCGCUCGCUGUACUUGGGCAUCUACCUGGCCUCGAUCACCGUGGGCACGGCCGUCGGCUACAUCUACGGCUCCAUCUUCGCCAGCUCCGGACUGGGCUGGGCCGGCGCGUACUACAUGGAAGGUGUCAUUAUGGUCGGGUUCGUGGUCUGCUGCCUCACGAUCAUCCCGGACGAGCUGAACCAGGUCCCCGUCAAGGAGGUGGACCCCGAGGAGCUGGAGGACAAGAGGGAUGUGUCGGCCGUGCCCAUUACCCCGGGCGAUGACGAAAAGGCCGACGCGACGGCGUUCAUGGAGGACAAGGGCCGCGGUCUGCCCCUGCCCAAGCCGUCGUUCGUCGCGGAAUGGUGGAUCAUCUUCAACAAUCUGCCGUUCAUGCUCAUCAUCCUCGGACACGCGGCGUACACGUUCUCGCUGGCGGCCAUGAGCACCUUCAGUCCUGCUAUCUUCAUCGGUCUGGGACUCUUCGAGAGCGAGACGACCGUGUCGUUCAUCUUCGGUGGACUUGUGGCCAUUACCGGCACCAUCGGUACGCCCCUGGGAGGUAUGCUGGUCGACUGGCUCGCCAAGAAGAAGCCCGAGGAGAUCGGCCGCCGCUGCGUGAUCUCCGUGAAGGCGCUGUUCUACUUCAUGCUCGCCGCGGUCGUGUUUGGACUCAUUAUGGUGGCCUUCGCUAGCACCAAGAUGCUGUGCCUGAUCUUCCUCACGCUGUGCCUCUUCUUCAUGUGCGCGCUGUCCGUGCCCGAGACGAUUGCCGUGCUCGAGCUCUUCCCCAAGUCGCGCCAGUCGAUGGCCGUCGCGGCGAACACGCUGAUCAUCCACGCGCUGGGAGAUGUUCCGUCCCCUAUCAUCCUGGGCGCUAUCAAGGACGCGUGGGCUCCUCACUGUGGCACGGUGGAGAUUGACGGCGAGGCCAAGCUCAACCCUGACUGCUCGCAGGACCGCUCCGGUCUUCGCGACGUUCUGAUGUUUGCCGUGGUUUGGCUCGGCUGGGGCGUGAUGUUCUGGGGCGCGUCGAUGAUCGUGGUCAAGCGGAGACAACAGGAGGAGAAGCGUCGCGCGGCCCGAGCUGGUUUGAUCGACGGCUCAUUUUAA